AUGGCGAAUUAUCUUGCAUUCGUGUUUGCUUUUAGUGUGAUGGUUUGCAACGAUAUUGGUCUUGUUGGAUGCGUCGAUCAAUGUUCGACCAAUGUGGAUUGCGAAGGCAAUAUUUGGAGUAAGCAUUGCUGCCGUGGAUACUUCAGUUUCGGAAGCAAAGAUCGGAGUUGCACGUCUAUUUCGUGUUUAAACCACUAUUGCUCAAGUGACAGUGAUUGUGGCGACCCAUCAAUGUGUUGCCGUUCUAACGAAUGCGUCAACCAGGGAUGCUCAGGAUGUUCCGAUAAGUCAGACUGCGAUACAGGCCAUUUCUGUUGCAAGAAGACGUUUCCUUUUAACCAAACUGUCUGUGCUGCGAAUUGUAUCAGCCAAACUUGUAAUUCCAACGACGACUGUGCUGGUUGGGGAGAGUGUUGUCGAUCGGGAAAGUGUGUUAAAACAGGCUGUUACGGCUGUGAGUGCAAUUUGGAUGAAUAUUGUUGCAAGAAGAAGAGUUCCGGCUAUUGGGGAGAUAGUUGUGCUCAAAGUUGUGUUGGCGAAACUUGCAGCACGGACGAUGACUGCGGGGCUCCAAACGAGUGCUGUAUUUCUAACAAAUGUGUUGACCAUGGUUGUUCGGGAUGUACUACAAACUCACACUGCAGUAGUGGACAUUACUGUUGUAAGAAAAGACAGUGGUACGAACUGAGUGAAUGUAGUGAACAUUGUGUUGGGAAAUCUUGUAGUACAAGCGAUGAUUGUGGUGGCCCGGGUGAGACUUGUGAUUCUGAUCGUAGAUGCGCAGUUAACCAAGAAAGCAACACUGCCUCAAAAUCUCUACCUCCAUGGCUGAUUGCUGUUAUUUCUGUGAGUCUAGUUGUAUUUCUUAUUGCUGUUGGACUACUACUAGCCGUGUUUUGGUAUGUGAAAAGGAAACCACAAGUUAACACAAUUCAUGCGGGAACUAUGCCUCUACAGAACAUUCAGUAUCAAGGGGCAGAAAUACAGAAUCAACCAAACACCCAGUUUUCGCAUCUUAACAAUCCAACUGCAUUUGAAAAUCAACUUCAGCAUGGCAACAACAGCGUGGUUCGUCAAUCCCACAAUCCUCAAAGAUUUCAUAAUGCCGGACAGGGUACCCCAGACGAAGAUCCUCUAUUCCAAAACCCAACAAAAAAUCCACAACAUGUACAAGAAAACGAAAAUCAUGGAUUUCGUAUGAAUCCUACAAACUACGAUGACCAAGGACAUCACACUGCUAUGUCUUCAUAUCCUACACAAAGUAACAACGAAGUAACCCUGGAUGCGACACAAGAUCAAGACAGCAGUGGCCAGCAAAUGGAGAAUGCCCAGCAUCAAGGUAACGAUUACCUCCAUAAUCCUUUAUAUAACCCACAGUAUCAAGGCAAUCCAUAUCCGGAAUCCCACCUGUGA